GUGCACCGCGUCGACCGAGAGCCACUUCUACAUAUUUAUGAAGUAAACCAGAAACUCUCACUUAUGAUUAAAGGUACUUUGGGCAAGUUUGGACCAAGAAGACUGCGGAUAUAAUAGCCAAAGCGUGGAAAGUUUAAAUGGACUUUAAAUGGGCUGAUGUCGGACCCGUGAAGUUGAUCCUGGGUUAAUGGAUUUUAUUGAAACCGCAAACUAUUUUUUUCUCGGACGUCUGAUAAUCAUGGAUGUUAUGGAUUAAUUUUAUCUUCCUUUUGAUCCACGCACGAACUGAGAACAAAAAAAAAUGUGACCACCUGCGUUUCACUCAACAACCUUCUUCUUUUUAUUUUAAAAGUCCCAAUGUUUUAAUCUAACUUCUCCCUGAAGCGAAAGGAAUGAAUUGUUAAAUUUGGUCUGUAAAACGAGUCUGAAAGAGGAGCACCGAUGGAUUGAAAGAUUGUACUUUCAGCUUCAAGUGAAAAGUGCCUCAAGCAAGGUUGGGAGAUGUGUGAAGAAGUGUGACGAACGGCCAUGGGACUGGAGAGACGGUGGCUUCAGGCUGUCACUGCUGCUGUAGCCAUCUGUCUGCUAAGUGCGUCUCAAGGUUUGUCAUCGUUGGUUCGUGCUAGAGAGGGGGGUUCUGCAGAGCUGGGCUGUAGUCUCACUCCUUCAUCCAAAGAAGCCACCACCCCUAACCUCUUUCCUCUACAUGUGGUGGAGUGGGUGCGUCUCGGUUACAGCGUUCCCAUCCUCAUCAAAUUUGGAGUGUAUGCGCCUCGUGUUCAUCCAAACUAUAAGGGCCGUGUGUCUUUGACCCGGGGUGCCUCUCUGCUGGUGGAACGGCUGACCCUGGAGGACGAGGGCUGGUUCGAAUGCCGCAUCCUGCUCCUGGACAGCAAAACAGAUGACUUUCGUAAUGGCACAUGGACCUUCCUCUCCAUCACAGGUGCAGCACUGCAGGUUUUUGGGGACUUGGGAGCUGCUCCCUUCGUUACUCAUCUCUGGCACUGUACUUGUUUAGAACAGCCACAGCAUGGGGCCUGGCUGGGAUUCUGAAGGCCCUGGCAAACUGAAUAUCCUGAGUGUCAUUGCAGUGUAUGAGGAGGUUCUCUGUGAUGUACAGUGCGCACAGUAAUCAAAUCUUGUCUUUGUCUGUGCCUGGCCUGCUGUGAGCUGAUGUCAA